UGGGAGAAAGAGCCGGACGACUUUCUUCACGAGGUGGAUCCCGAGCUCGAGCGCAUGAUGGACAAGCAGAUGCGCUCGAGGUUCAGCUGGUUCGCGCUCCUCAACACGGCGUCGCUCUGCAUCGUCGUCAUCGUCAUCGUCGGCCUGUUCGCAGGGUGGCCCGUCUACCGGUGCGUCCCUUUCCUCCCCACCUCGUCUCUCUUUGGCCUCACGCUCACCAACUCGACGGGCCAGGUGCCCAAGAUCCCGGGCCUGCCGACCCUCAUCGACGACGCCACGCCGACGGAAGCGUACGCGCGCACCGGUCUCGACGGCGAGGAGUACAAGUUGGUCUUCUCGGACGAGUUCAACCAGGACGGGCGCACUUUCUGGCCUGGCGACGACCCGUACUGGGAGGCGGUCGACCUUCACUACUGGGGCACUCGCGAUCUCGAAUGGUACGACCCGGACGCCGUCUCGACCAAGGACGGCAACCUCGUCAUUGAGCUCACGCAGGAGCCGUGGAACGGCCUCAACUUCCGCUCGGGCAUGCUGCAGUCGUGGAACAACUUCACCGGCGGCUACAUGGAGGUUCGCCUGUCUUUGCCCGGCGAGCCCGAUACGCAGGGCCUGUGGCCCGGUGUCUGGACGCUCGGCAACCUCGGUCGCGCCGGCUAUGGCGGCACGACUCAGGGCGUCUGGCCCUACACGUACGAUGCGUGCGACGUCGGUACCUUGCCCAACCAGACCUGGCCCAACGGCACCGACCCUGUCGCCGCCAAGACGUCGGGCUCUCGCGACUACGGCGGCGAGCUGUCCUGGCUCGACGGGCAGCGCUUCUCGGCGUGCACGUGCGAGGAGGACCGCGACGAGCACCCUGGGCCUCGUCCGAGCGUCGGCAGGGGUGCGCCGGAGAGUGCGUGCCCUUUCUCUUUCACUCCUUCUGGCGACCGUGGCUCGGCGUCUCAGUCGGUCCAGAUCGCACCGUUCACGGCGGGCCACCUUUGGAAGAACUUUACGCCGCACAUCGAGCUCAACCCGGACUGGACGAUCCGCGAGAACCAGUGGCACGGCGCCAUCCUGCAGGAGAGCUUGUCGCACGAGGUCAUGACCGACAACACGUCGUUCUCGGGUCGAGGGUACACCUCGUACGGGUUCGAGUACGACCCAGGCGCAGACGGCGAGAUCCGGUGGGCCAUCAACGGCACGAGCACGUGGACGAUGCGCGCGUCGGCGAUCGGGCCUGACGAGGCGGCUCAGAUUGAGCAGCGCCUCGUCUCUGAGGAGCCCAUGAGCAUCGUCCUCAACCUCGCCAUCAGCUACGCCUUCCAGGAGCCACAAUGGGGAAAGCUCACGUUCCCGGGCAGCCUCCUCAUCGACUACGUCCGCGUCUACCAGAAGGGCGACGCGCAGGUCGGCUGCGACCCCAAGUCUCAUCCGACGAGCAAGUACAUCGACGACCACAUGGCCAUGUACCUCAACCCCAACAUCUCGAGCUUCGCCGACUCGGGGUACCGCAAGCCGCGCAACCGCCUGUCGGCCGAGGGCUGCAACUGAGCAUCCCUCUGUUUCAUCAUGUGCAUCUCCCCCUUCAUCACAGACCCUGCGCUGCCCUCUCUCUGUCCCUCUCUCUCUCUGUCUCCUCCCUUCUCUGCGUGUUGUCGAGACUGCAUCAAGGCUCUUGUUCAUGG